AUGGGGAUUCCGACACGGGACCGAAACCGCGUUACGAAGCGCAAAUGUGCGCCGAGGAAAAACUGGACAGAAGCUGCUAAGGAAAAGAUUGUACAGUUCUUCACUGGCAAGGAGCUCCAAUGUGGCCCAUUUGCUAAUAAAACCAAGUCACCGCAAAACGCCGCUCUACAGGAAGCUCUCGAAUGCACUCAAUGCCGAGACCUGCAUAUUAUUCCAUAUAUGAUGAAUGCAGAUAUUGCGGCGGGCUCGUACAUCACAUCAGAAUACCCACCUUUCUUCGUCAGCAAGAGCAUCCCAGAUGAAUGCAUUUCUCCCUUUGACACAACCUCCAUGGCUGACCAACAUCACAACGUCACAUUCUGGGACGACAUUACCCCCUUCUCAACAACAACACUACUACGGGAAAAUUGA